AUGUGCAUGUUCGCAGCGGGACAAGUGGGAUGGCUCAGCACUUCAAUGCAGGUGGCUGCGAACACUGCUGCUGCUCCAGAGGUUCUGCACCGCCUUUGCGUCGUCGCUGCAGUGAGAGUGUAUCGUGAGGCUGCCGAUCUCAUCGCCAAGGUCGACAAAGAACUUGAUCAGACACAGAGCAAGGAUCUGGAGACUCGACGCCGAACCUUUAAGUUUGGCACGCUCCGCUGCUCUCAGAACCUCAUCCUCAAGUGGCAUCCGGACAAGAACCAUGAAGAAGUCCUGGCUGCGGAGGCUCCUAAUUCGCGUAUUCCGCCACCUCAUGUCUCGGCGAGGAAUGUUUUCUCCUCUUGGCCCGACUGCUACCGGCAGUUGAGGAUAUUAAAUCGUCAUGGACGAGAAUCAGGAAGCCAGUCAGGAGGAUCCAGACAGUCCGUUCCGAGGGAUCAGCUAAGCCGUCAAGGAUCACUUAGCGUGUUUCGAGAUGUUGACAUGGAGGACCUGGUAGCUGAUGCUGAGCAGCAGCUGGCGUCAGAACCAAAGUACACCUCCAAAACCUUGGAUGUGCCCGCCGUUAUAGUCACCAGUGAAAUCAGUCCCUGGUCGAAGUCAGGCGGCCUUGCCCUCGUCACCGCCUCGCUAGCACUAGAGCUGGCCGGAAGAGGUAGACGCACGAUGGCAAUCAGCCCAAUGUAUGACAAUUUUGCGAACUGCAACUACAUUGCUUCCAAAAAGAUUUGGCUCUUCCACGACGAGCAUGAGGUGAAGUAUUAUCACCUGUGGCAGCCUCUGGAGGCAGAAGGCAGCAAAGGCGUUGACUACGUGUUCGUUGACCAUCCUUGCUACCAUCGGCCCGGAGGUCUCUACUAUAAUGCACAGGAGGGUGUCGAGUACGCCGACAAUCUGUUUCGCUUCGCGCUCUUCACACUUGCAGCCCUGGAGGCUCCCUGCUGUGUCGCUCCCGGUGGAGCUGCAUACGGUGAGAGGGUAAUGUUCAUUGCGAAUGACUGGCAAAGCGCGCUGCUUCCGGUCUAUCUGACGCAUCGGAUGCGACCGUUACACAGGUUCCACCAAUCUCGCUGUAUCUUCAUUGUGCACAACUUUGGGUACCAGGGGAUCUACCCGUGCAACAAGCUGGUGCCAAAUCCGACGGGUACUUUGCCCAUCAUCAUGAAGAAUGUGGAUAUUUAUGAUUUCGGUUUGAAUGACACCGGCGCUUAUGAGCACAUGAUCUACCAAUAUCCAGACUGGGAGAGGUCGUAUGACGGUGACGACGGCAACGUUUGGAACUUGACAAAGGGUGCCGUUUUGACCUGCGACAGACUAUUGACAGUUUCCGAAGGUUAUGCAUCCGAGAUGAAGACAUCAGAAGGUGGCUUUCGGCUCGACGAAUUGGUCAAACAGAAAGAGUUUUUUCUCGGCGGCAUCUUGAACGGAAUAGACGUCGUCACAUGGAAUCCACGGACAGAUCCUCACCUGGUGAUGCAGUACGAUCUGAGCUCUUUGGCCGAUGGCAAGGCUGCAUGUAAAGGACAGCUUCAGGAACGUGUUGGCUUGCAAGUGGAUGAGAGCGUGGUAUUGGUCUCAUUCGUCGGCCGGCUAACCGAGCAGAAAGGAGUUGACCUGAUUUUGCAGGUGCGUAUCAUCGGCAGAACAGAAGGGCACAAUAUCUUGAAGAUGUUGCAUAUCCGAUCUCGUGUUGUUUUCUCUCUUCUGGCCGGAGUCUGA